CUCGGACCGGGAGCGGUGGAGGGAGUAGACGGCACUCAGAUCGCGAUGCUCUACCUCCUAGUCUACUUCGUGGCCCUGGCUGUCGCCUCUCCUAUCAUCUCCAAGUUCACAGGAUCAGAACAAUGUUCACCCGGAGACCUCAUUUGGGUCGAUUGUAACCUCUGCACCUGCAACCUUCAGGGGAAGCCGAACCUCAUCUGCGCCAAGAUGUGGUGCCAACCGCAACCCAAGGAAAAGAACUCGAUCGAAAAAGAACUUAUGUAGCUUUAAUUAGUAUAGUGCGAUUCAAAGUGAUACAUCUUCUGCCGAUUAGUAUCUUUGUUGCAUACUCAACAAGAUAUCAAUAUCAGCAAAACAACUUCCAUUUAAAUUAAUAAUGUUUAAUAACUGCCAAUGCCUCUAGUAUAGAGACACGUAUAAAUAAAGAAAGAAAAUAAUCAAGUUCAAUCUCAUGUAUAGCAUAGAUAUAAUUAGCAAGUAAUCAUUAAUUCAGCGGCUACACAGAUGCAGAAUGAUGUGUCCUUUGGUAACUAAUAAAAAAUAUUGCAAAAUUCCUUAAUUGUUGUAGAUAAGUUUUAGUUUUGUGCUAAGAACUUCAAAUGUAUUUAGUAUCUUAGUAAAAACUAGCAUUGAAUGAAAAAAAGUGUAAUAAUUUUUAAAUGAAUUUCCUAGUCAUUUAAUACCAAAUCUCCGAUUACCAAAACAUCUCAAGGAUUAAAUUUUAUAUUUUCGUUAAAUUAGUAUUUUUCUCUUCCUAUUCCUCCUAAAAGAUCAUUUUUUCACUCAGUGAAGGUUUACUUUUUAUUUUGUGAAAUACAGAUGUCGUUGUGUCGCAGGCAUUGUAAGACACUUUGGAUAAUAUCAACAAGACAUUUAAAUAGAAGUAUGUCUAGCAUAUAAUGCCUAUUACAGGAUUGUAAUGCUGUUAAGGGCAAGAGAGAGGUAAUAGGACCACAUCAGAGUAAAAGUCCUGUCAGAAGAUCUUGCACUUAAUAACCAAGAUUAUUAAAUGUUUUUUAUUGUAGAACUUUGAAGUUGGAAUAUAAUUUAAUAGAAAAAUAACUUGAUUCUGGGACAAAGUCCCUUUAGAAUAACAGCCUUUAUUCAGAAAAUAAAACGAUUACUUCUGGAUUAUGGCUGUAGAAAAUAAAUAUCACCACUGUGUGCAAUCAAUGCAUAUAAUUUUUGAAAUUAACGAUAUUUAUAUAUUAAUACAAGUAUUUUUGAAAAAAUCUUAUUAAUUAUAAUAUGAAAAUCAUAAGAGUAAUAAGAUCCAGAUAUAAAAAAAUUAUUUGUAAUGCUAAAGUUAAAAGUAAAACACGAAUUUCUUGUUUUUUUCUUCUCAAUUUUUUUUUUAUUAGUAGUUUCCACUAAUAGUGGGUUUUCUUAACCUAGAGUCCAUGGAUGCCUUCUUUCCAUAAUGUCCUAUACAUAUACAUAUAUAUAUAUAUAUAUAUAUAUAUAUAUAUAUAUAUAUAUAUAUAUAUAUAUAUAUAUAUAUAUGUAUAUGUAUAUGUAUAUGUAUAUAUGUAUAUAUAUGUAUAGGUGCAUUUUACCAGUAGAAGACCCAUCAUGGAUUCCUCCACUUUGUUAUCCCAGGUCUUCCUCGUCUUCUUCUUUUCAUAGUUUUCCAUGAGUAGACUUCUUUGAGUAGUUUUCCAACGGGCAUUCUUUUCAAAUUCUAUACUACUUCAGGCAUUUUUUCUCGAUCUCUUCCAGAACGGUUCGAUAUUAUUGUAGAUAUUUAUUUUUGUUUUGGGGAUAAUGUUCCGAUUCCAUAAUACCAAGUUGUGCAUUUAUAAGGUCUUUUUGCCAUCUGAAAUUUUUCUUUUUAUUUCCACAUCACAUGGACCAUCCAUUUCAAUUAUGAAACCAAGAUAUUUAAAAUGCUUAACUCUUUUUAGAACUCCUCCUGGAUUCAUUUCUAUGUCCUCAUUAUUCAAUGUCAUGUGUUCCGUUUUUUCUGCAUUAAUAACUAGUCCCCACUGCUGGUAUUCCUCAUUUAAUUUCCUUAACAUAUAUCCAGCAUCUUCUGCGUCCUGUGCAAUGAUGACCUGGUCAUCUGUGAAGGAUAGGUUAUAAAGGAAACCAUUUUAUUUCAACUGAAUCUUCAUGGGUUCACAUUUUAUUCAAGAUGCUUUCAUUCUUCUCAAUAAUAGCGGUUUUUCACAUUUUUUUUUUUUUCUAAAUAUGAUGACAAAGAUAUCUUUGAUGUUUUGCAGGUUCUGUUUUUAAAACUAAAACUGGAAGCCAGAGGACAGUACCAAAAAUUCCUGAUUGACAACUCCAACAUAAUAUAUUAACCACUAAAUUCAAGUAACAUAUUAUGAAAUUUUUAUUAUUGAUUCUUCCUCAUUAAAUUUAUAAAAAUAUAACAAGAUUGAUGUAAUGAUUAAAAAAGCUCGAGUCUGUAUUUAUUCUAACUGGCAUGACUUAAUUUUUUUUCAUGAAAGUGGCCAGGGUGGAACAGUGUGGAAAAAUGGAAAUAAAAUAGCAACAGAUAUAAUUAAUACAUUUCUGAGAAAUUUAAAGGAAGAAAUGAGUUGGUUAUUUGUAUUUCAACAUUUUGAAAGAAAAUAAAGGACAACCUCUAUAAGAAUAAAAUUGAAUUAACAAAGCUGCCUUCUCUCACCUAUUGUGGCAAAUUUGUUUGAGCUCACUACAGCCUCGAUGAUUUUUGUUUCUGUUUCUUAAAUCAUAGAUAAUAAUACUAAUAUAAUAUUGAUUAUACAGUGAUUAGUUUUUUAAAUAUUUGAAAUUAGCAAUUAAAUUCGGGGGGAAUAACAAUAAUUUAGAAGCUAAUUUCAAGAUUAUCGAGGAAUGCGCUGGCUGUUCAUGAACUAGUUUCACAUCAAAGUUACUCUAAUCAUUGUUAAAUUAUUUCUUUUUUUAUUUUUCACUAACCAAUAGUAUAUUAAUGGAAACUUUUAUAUAAAAAAAGUAAAAGUCAAUUGUCAAUAAAUAUUAACAUAUCUUAAGACAACUCAUUUGUUUUCAGAGAUACAUUUAGACAAGAUGGACAAGUAACAAAGACUUUUUGGUAGUAAAUUACCUUUAAAUUAUGAAACAAAACUGAUUUUUUCCUUUAAGAUACUGGCAUUGGAAUCCGUGUUUAACAAUUAAGCAGAACAGCCAAUGCACUACCCUUACUAGUAGUUUUAACAAUCAAACAUUAAUAAAUGUAUAAAAAAUAUUAUUCAAACAGUUGUGUCAGCCCGACCAGUUUGGUUUUGGCAAUGAGCUCAUAAAAGACAAAUUUGCUGAUUUAUUUCAAGACUUAAUAUCUUACUGAACAGUAAUUCAUAAUAAUAUAAAAAUAAAAAUAACCUGAUAUAACAAUAGUUAGAAAUUAAUUGCACAAUACUAAAAAAUAAGUGAAAGUAAUAUAUAAAAAUACAAAUUUAAAACAUCCAAUUAAGACAAAAUCAUUUUUUUUAAAACAAAUUAUAUAUAUGUUUGUCGCCUAUUGAAAUCCUUGCAACACGGAACAUCAUUUUUAUAGACGUAUAUAUAUUGGUGCCUUUCCAAUAGAUCUAUAUCCCUCUCUAUCUUGUCCAGGAUCUGUUCAAGAUUGUGUUUCUUCUUCACCAUCGGGACUGAAUCGACAACUGUUGGCAGCAGCUUGAAUUCCUUGGUCAGCUCCUCCCAGGCCUUUUUCAAGCCCUGAAAACAUAACUCGGGUAUUGCCAACAUAUUUGUACACAAUUAAUAAAUAUAUUAA